GUUCAAGGAGAGGAUAGUAACCCAGUUAUUUUUGCCAAUACAAGUUCUGGCAAAGGAUGUAAAGUGAUGUAAAGUCCCUCCUGGAUAUAAGAAGUUCCGUGUGAUUUCUCUGAGAGAAUAUACUGUAAAUGGGACCACAAGCACUUUGCAGGAGAUCUGCAACAGACUCUGGACUGAAACACGGGACAAAAGCCUCACACUUCCAGAGACUCGACCACCAGUUACACAAGCAUGGAAAGCAUUCCCAAUUGAGUUCACAUCACAGUGAAGAUGGACCCAGUACUUGCAAGUUCCUCUCCUGUAAACAGUACUGAAAUGGUUGACAGCUUUUAUUCACAGUUUUCUCCAUCUCUCCUGCAUAACACGUCUGACCAGCCAUGCCAAUUCGUUGUGUCAUCCCGGUUCAUCUCCCACUUCAUCCCUGUGAUCCACAGUAUCAUCUUUCUCUUGGGCUUCAUUGAGAACAGCAUGGUAAUCACCGUCCUUUGUCAUCGCAUUCAAUUAAAAACUGUUGUUAACAUCUACAUCAUCAACUUAUCAAUUGUUGAUUUGCUCCUCCUAUCCACACUACCCCUUUGGGCAGUCUAUUAUGCCACUGGGUACAACUGGCUUUUUGGGACAGUGAUGUGUAAAAUAUGUAGCUCUCUUAUUUCUCUCAAUCUAUAUUGCAGUGGAUUUUUUGUCAUGUGCAUGAGUAUUGACUGCUAUCUAGUAAUUCUGCAUCCUAUUGAUUCCCAGACAAAGAGGUCUUUAUGCCAGGCUCACUGUGUCGCGAUCCUCGUGUGGAUGGUGGCUUUGAUUGCAACCUUUCCAAUCAUCUACUUCCAAGGCCCCCUUUAUGCCAGAUGGCUGGAAAGCACAAUAUGCACGAUGAUUUAUCCCCCCAACAAAGCCAGUCAUUGGUCUGUGGCCAUGUCUUUGAUGGAAAAUACUCUGGGCUUCUUCAUUCCCUUCACUGUUAUAGGUGCAUGCUUUGGUUCGUUUGUCUGUCACCUGAUGAGAAUGGAAGUAUCUGAAAAGAACAACUGCAUACGCAAUAAGGUGCUCUGGAUGGUAGCAGUAGUGGCCCUGGCCUUUUUCAUCUGCUGGUUGCCGUUCCAGGUACUAGUCUUUACGAAUGCGUUGCUGAAGCUGAACUUCCUCACUGACUGCCAAAUCACUACCAUAAUUGGAACUGCAAUGCCAUUCAGCAUUUGCCUCGGUUUUGCGAACAGCUGCAUCAACCCCCUUAUCUACUGCUUUCUGGGAGAUCACUUUCCAAUGAAACUCAGUGAUAUGACUCGCAGAGGUUCUGCCACUCUCUACAACCGAAGGAGCUCAACAACAUAGAUCAGCCCUUCACAGGGAACAGGCCCUUCAGACUGUACCAACCAUGAUGCCAAUCUAACUAACCCCAUCUGCCUGUACCAGCCAUGAUGCCAAUCUAACUAACCCCAUCUGCCUGCUCAGGGCCUGUACCAGCCAUGAUGCCAAUCUAACCAACCCCAUCUGCCUGUACCAGCCAUGAUGCCAAUCUAACCAACCCCAUCUGCCUGUACCAGCCAUGAUGCCAAUCUAACCAACCCCAUCUGCCUGCACAGGGCCAGUACCAACCAUGAUGCCAAUCUAACUAACCCCAUCAGCCUGCACAGGGCCUGUACCUUCCCAUCACUCACCUGUUUAUGUGCCUGUCUAAAUGCCUCUUAAUCGUUGAUUUCAUAUCUACUUCCAUCCUGUUCUCUGGCAGUGCAUUCCAAGCACCUUCCACUCUCUGUGUGAACUUCGCCCAGCUAUCUCUUUUAAACACCCCACCUCACCUUGAAGCUAUGCCCUUUGUAUUUAACAUCUUCACCUUGGGAAAAGACCUUUAUCUAUCCCAUCUGUGCCUCUCAUAAUUUUAUAAGCCUGUCUAGGGUCUGUCCUUAGUCCUUGUCCAACCUCUCCAAUCCAGCAAUAAUCUGGUAAACUUCGUCUACACCCUUAGAAAGCCUCCACAUCCUUAAAGUAAUGUGGCAAUCUGUAUCCAGCAUCACUUCCUCUUCUUGCAAGGACAGAGACAAAGAUGAUAUUGGGUCUAAUCCUUUGUGAGAGAUUAGAUCUAAUGAAACAAAGAUGUCAGCUAAAGUUCUGUUGAUAUCCCACAUGGGUGUGUGACCAGUGGUAAAGCAUGGAGACACAAGAGACUGUACCUGCUGGAAUAUGAAGCAACAUCCAAAGUACCAGAGCAGCUCAGCAGGUCAGGCAGCAUUUAUAGAGGGAACUGGACAGUCAGUACUUUUCAAUUGGACAUGUGGGCUCAGAGAAUCAAAUUCACAUAAAAUAUCGCGACAAGGUGGAUCUUUGUUUACGUAGUGACCUUUGCUUCAAAGCCACUGAGGAUUUUCAUCUCUGCCAUGAGAAAUUCCUUUGCAGUUUCACAAAUUAAAUGACCAUACUUUUGAGUUGACUACAAACCGUGAAGUAACCAGCAUCAUCAUAACCCACCAUUUGUGUAGGCCUCAGAGUGCUUGUUCUCAUAUGGAACUAUGAAAUAUAUAUAUGGAUAUUGCACAGUAACUCAGCUCGGUGACCCAUCAUGAGGAAAGUCAGGCUGGAUGUGAACUUGGAAACCCAAUGUCUCAUAUGCUAGACUGAAGAGAAUGCUAAUAGACAUUUGGAGGAUUAGAGAACUUAUUGACCGCACUCCCCCCCACCCCCCCCCACCACCAACCAAAAAACAGAAGACAUCAUGCUGAGGAAUGCUCCAUCAUCGUACCUGAACUAGAUUCGACAAUGUCUUCUGCAGUGGACUCCCUAACAAUGAUAUUUUGUUUCAAGAAUGGUCUACCUGUGCUUUUCUGAGCAUUGCCCAAACUGGUCUUUCACCAUGUAUUCCUCUUGUAGCAUUGACAUCUAAUGUCUGUACCCAAUAUGUGGGUGCAGAACAAUCUCCAUGCACAAUAAUGUUGGGUAUCAUCUUGAUCAAUCAAUUUUUCAAAUUGGUAUAGUGGUGCAGUUCAUAACACAUACAUUGAACACUUGAAUUUCUGGCCCAUGAUUUCUGAAUGCUAUUGGGAAUAUAAUAAUGAAAUAAACACAGAUGAUGCUGAAAAUAUUCUUCAGAAAGCAAUGAUGAUGGCAUUCAGAUGCCUCAUUUGUUGUGACACCUGUUUUACGGUGCCGUGGCCAUGUUGGAGUCACACCACUGAACCUGUUUCUGUAUGGCGUUCCUCUGUGAGAGGUUUCUUUUGCUUUAUCAGUAUAUAGAUAAUCUCUAGUGAAUAUCAGUCUCCAGGGUGCUAUGUAACACUAUUCUAUUGCUAAAUUGUUUUCUUACAAAUCAUACACACUUAUAUCUUAUUAGCCAAGCAAAGGAUGCAAUCAAUCAGCACAAGAAUGAAAGAGUAAAUAUUUUGAUUGGUUACAUUUCACCUCCUCAGAUUGUUCCAAAGUGUUGUGCGGUCAAAGAUUUAUCUCUUAAAGUGAGGUCAUUAUUUUGAAACCACAGAGAGAGCUACUUAUCUCACUGGCAAGACCCAGUUCUGGAAAGGUUCUUGAGUGGUUUCUAAUGGUCUUGAAUCAAAAUCUGAAUGCUGUAUAGAGAUAGUCUUAGACCUGGUGUGAGAGUUAGAUUGUGACUGGUGUGUAAGGAACACUAAUUUUAACAUUUAUUAUGCUUUGACAUUUUGUGUUUAUUAUCUAUUGAAAAAAUAUGUUUGGUUUAUACCAUUAAAUACACAACUCUUGUUAAUAUUUACUUGCCUGGCUUCUGCUCUGCAACACAAGAUGUUAUGACUUUAGAGGAAGUGCUAUCUCGUGACUGGUUCAUAGGAAACAAAUUACAUGUCAGCAAAAAUCUGAUAUUGCAAGUAGACUCAAUUGACUCUAGAUACAUGUAGAGUUCUUUAAAAUUGUAUUGGGACUGAUGUUAUUAGGCAUUGUUCUAAUAAUCUGAAGGUGUUCACAUUCUCAAAUUUGUGGAUGAU